GCUUUAAUCAAUUCAGUCCCUAGAUUCUGUAUGAAAUCUUCAGCGCUGUGGAAUGUGCUGCUUCAAAUAGCCUUCAUCAGCUCUUGCCCCUUACAGACCUCGUCGAGAGUGCCGAAUGGUCGCCUUAUACUAGGGAGUCUCCCUUAUAGAACCAACUUGGUGGUGCCCUUGAAUUCAGUGAUCCCUUAAAAUUAAUAUAUAGAUUUAUCAGCACCCUCUUUAGUACUUUUUCUCUCCCCUCUGCACUGUCUUGGCUGAUAUCGUAGUCCUAAUAGCAGUAGGCAAGCUGGAGUUUUCUAUACUAUAUGAUCUCAAGGGGUUUAGGGGCCU